AUGAAACUAUGCUUAGUAUUAAUUUUGAAAUUGAUAUUAUGUUCAUCGACUGAAGCAAAACCAAAAUUAACAUUGAACGAAUAUUUUGAUUUUACGAAUUAUCCAUCAUUGAGUAUUUCUCCUAGUGGUCAACAUUUGUUCAUUCAAUCCAGACGUCCAUCAUGGAAUUCGAACUCUUAUGAAAAUAGUCUAUGGUUAUACAAUAUUGAAACGAAGAAAAAACAAUUGAUUACAAAAGUGCUUUCCGAAUCCUUGAAGCCGCAAUGGUCACCAAGUGGAAAUUGGAUCGCUUUUUUACUAAAUCAAAAUUCAAUUACAUCAUCCGAUGAAUAUCCAAAAGCAAAUGAGUACAUCUACUUAUAUUCAGUCAUAUCAAAUGAAUGGCUGCCUAUUUAUAUUGGCAAAGAAAUACCAUUAGCUUUAGCAUGGUCCAACGACGAUUUCUCUCUUUACUUUGCUACAUUCGCAUCAAUACCGCCAAAAGAAGAUGAAAAUUUGCAGCAAGUUGAAUGGAAAGAUGUUAUUCAACAUCGAUUGUCCAACUCUAAGGAAGGUAGUUCAAUUUAUCGUCUUGACAUUAAAAAGAAUAAUCAGACAUCAUCCACAAAAAGAUACCUUAUCAAAAAUGUUUCAUUGCUAAUUAAAGAAUUAUUAUUUGUUCCAUUCGAAGAAAAACUUGUACUUACAUCUUUUUCAACAGGUUUUAAUAAAAUGAAUAUUAUUGAUAUAUAUUCACUUAAUCUACAAAAUUUAUCGACAUUAUCCAGAUUAACGAACAAUGAACUAUGGGAACAAGAAUUACGAUUGUCAAAUGACAAUAAACAUGUGCUUUUCCUCGCGUUUGGUGGAGAGUCGAGUCAAGGAAAAUUCAAUCCUAUCCAACAGCGACUAUAUUCAUUGGAUUUAACCAAUGGACAUAUUGAACGUCUGGGAAAAGAUUUUAAUGGCAACAUUGCAGGAUAUAUGACAAAACCUGAUGGUGGUGUUUACAUACUUGGACAGAUUGGCACAGAAACUCAAAUUUAUACACAACAAUCACCGACACACAAAUUGAUUUAUCAUCAAGGAUGGAAUGGAACAUACGAACAAAUUUCAAUAUCAUCAAAACGAAAUGGUUCUAUUGCAUUUAUUUAUUCGUCAUUGGAACGACCAAAAGAAGUUUAUCUCGUGGAUAAUAUUGAUCAACUUCAGUCAGCACAGACAUUAACAAGUGAAAAUAAACUAUACACACAGCGAGAGUUAUCAAAAACAAAAGUUUAUCAAUGGAAAAACAAUAAAGAUCAACGAACGAUCGAAGGCAUUUUACAUUAUCCACCGGGAAAAUUUCAAUCAAAAAAUUUACCCUUAUUUGUUCUUAUUCAUGGCGGUCCAGGCCCUGCAAGUGCUAAUUCAUUUACUGCAGAUUGGUACAAUUGGGCACUAUUGGCAGCCUCAGAAGGUUGGCUUGUUUUCGAGCCCAACUAUCGAGGUUCAUUUGGAUAUGGCGAUCAGUUUCAUAAUGAAGUUUUUGGUCAACCUCUAUCUCGACCGGGUAGAGAUAUUCUUUUAGGAGUUGAUCAACUAGUUAACGAUGGCAUUGCUGAUCCAAAUAGACUUACCAUUGGUGGUUACAGCUAUGGUGGUUUUCUAACAAAUUGGCUAAUUACACAAACUACACGUUUCAAUGCUGCUCUCUCCGGUGCCGGUGCAGUGGAGUACGUCUCCGCUUGGAGUAUGGUAGAUCUAUCAACGUUUAUUCCUUCUCUGUUCGGAGGAAAUCCAUGGGAUGUACCACAAAAUUAUCAAAAUGAAUCACCUAUUUAUCAUUUAUCUCGAGUACAAACACCUACACAUAUUAUAACAGGCGAAAAAGACGUACAAGUUGACAGCAGUCAAAGUUUUAUAUUGGAACGUGGGCUUCAUUAUCUCGGAAUACCUGUGCAACUAUUAGUUUUUCCAAAUGAAGGACAUGCAUUGAACAAGAAUCCUUGGUAUGGAAAAAUAAAAGUUCGUGAAGAACUGAAAUGGUUACACAAAUAUGGUAAUAGAUCAUCGAUCACAAUGAAAGACUAG